UAUAACAGACGAAAAGAGAAGUUAGAGAAUCACAUAACACCUCUAUUUAUGAAUAAUGACCAACCCAACAAAAACUAAUAACACCUUUCUGAGUUACUUUGUCUUGUUCGUUUGCGUUUUUUUAUCGAUGGGGGUUGGUUUAGGACGAAGCCAAACAAGUGAAAUCAAAGUAGGAGUAGUUCUUGAUCUCGAUACAAAGUUUUCCAAGAUCUGCCUCACUUCUAUGAACAUGUCGUUGUCCGAUUUCUACAAAGAACAUCCUAAUUACCGCACAAGACUUGCGCUUCAAGUCAGAGAUUCGAUGAAAGAUACUGUUCAGGCUUCAGCUGCAGCUUUGGACCUAAUCCAGAACGAGCAAGUGAGCGCCAUCAUCGGACCAAGAAACUCUAUGCAAUCACAGUUUAUGAUCAGACUCGCCAACAAAACUCGUGUACCGACCAUCACAUUCUCUGCAUCAAGCCCUCUUUUAACAUCCAUGAAAAGCCCUUACUUCGUCAGAGCCACUGUAGAUGACUCAUUCCAGGUCAAAGCCAUUGCAGCCAUUGUUGAAUCCUUUGGAUGGAGACGUGUCGUCGCCAUUUAUAUGGACAAUGAAUUAGGAGAAGGAAUCAUGCCUUACUUGUCUGACGCUUUACAAGACGUGCAAGUCGACAAAAGUGUGAUCUCCCCGGAGGCUAACGAUGACCAGAUUCUGAAGGAACUUUAUAAGCUCAUGACGAAGCAAACUAGGGUUUUCGUUGUCCACAUGGACUCACGUCUCGCUUUACGGCUUUUUCAGAAAGCUAGAGAGAUCGGGAUGAUGGCAGAAGGGUAUGUAUGGUUAAUGACCAAUGGAAUGACGCACAGGAUGAGACACAUCGACCAUGGUCGUAGCUUAAAUACUAUAGAGGGCGUUUUAGGUGUGAGGAGCUAUGUACCCAAAUCAAAAAAGCUUGAAGAUUUCCGUUUGAGAUGGAAAAGAAGGUUCGAGAAGGAGAAUCCAUCGAUGAGGGAUGAUGUAAACGUUUUUGCAUUAUGGGCGUAUGAUUCAAUCACUGCAUUGGCCAUGGCCGUGGAGAAUACAACCUUAAAGAGCUUACAAUACGAUAAUGUGAACACCUCGAAAAAUAAUAUGACAGAUUUGGGGAGCGUAAGGGUCUCUCGCUACGGUCCAAGUCUUCGAAAGGCUCUCUCGGAAGUAAGUUUCGAGGGUUUAGCAGGAGAGUUUAAUCUCACGGACGGGCAGCUCCAGUCACCAAAGUUUGAGAUCAUAAAUUUUGUCGGAAAUGAAGAGAGGAUAAUCGGAUUUUGGACACCGAGCAAUGAACUUCUCAGUGCCAAUUCAAACAAAACAACUUCGUUGGGGCCGGUGAUAUGGCCAGGUAACUCGAUGGUUGUUCCUAAAGGAUGGGUGAUUCCAACUAACGAGAAGAAGCUUAAAGUGGGCGUUCCAGUAAAGAAAGGCUUCUUUAAUUUCGUGGAGGUAAUCACAGAUCCUAUCACUAACAUAACAACCGCAAAGGGUUACGCCAUAGACAUCUUUGAAGCUGCUCUUAAGAAGUUGCCUUAUUCAGUUAUUCCACAAUACUACGGUUGCGAGUCUGUAGAUGAUGAAUACGAUGACAUAGUCGAAAAAGUCUAUGACGGGACUUUGGAUGCGGUUGUUGGAGAUGUAACCAUCACAAGGCAUAGGUCCACGCAUGUUGACUUCACGUUACCGUACACAGAGUCUGGAGUAUCUAUGAUGGUGCCGGUGAGAGACAAUGAGAAUAAGAACACAUGGGUGUUCCUCCAACCUUGGACCUUAGACUUAUGGGUCACCACUGGUUGUUUCUUUGUCCUCAUUGGUUUUGUUGUGUGGCUUUUCGAACAUAGAGUCAACACGGACUUCCGUGGACCGCCUCACCACCAGAUCGGCACUAGCUUUUGGUUCUCCUUCUCUACCAUGGUUUUCGCCCACCGUGAGAAGGUAGUAAGCAACUUAGCAAGGUUUGUGGUGGUUGUGUGGUGCUUUGUGGUGCUUGUUCUAAUUCAGAGCUACACAGCAAACCUCACCUCUUUCUUGACAGUACAACGUUUUCAACCAGCGGUCACAAGUAUGAACGAUCUCAUAAAAAAUGGGGACUAUGUAGGGUACCAACACGGAGCUUUCGUUAAAGAUAUUCUAAUAGAUGAGGGAUUCCAAGAAUCUCGGCUCGUGCCUUUUGGUUCUUCGAAAGACUGCAAUGCGUUAUUUUCCAACCGCAGUAUUGCAGCAGUGUUCGACGAAGUCCCCUACCUGAAGGCCAUCCUUUCUCAAAAUUGCACCAAAUAUGCAAUGGUUGAACCUACAUUUAAGACUGCUGGUUUUGGCUUUGCGUUCCCCAAGAAUUCGCCUUUGACAGGAGAUGUCUCAAGGGCUAUCUUAGAUGUGACUCAAGGAGAUGAAAUGCAACAAAUCGAAAAAACAUGGUCUAUGAAACAGAAUGAUUGUCUUGAUCGAAAGACCGAUCUUUCGUCCAACAGUCUCGGCCUCAGUAGCUUCUGGGGUCUGUUUCUAAUAGCAGGCAUUGCCUCUUUCUUGGCAGUACUAAUUUUUGUGGGCAUUUUCUUGUACGAAAAUAGGCACACACUAUUUGAUGAUUCUGAAGCAUCGAUUUGGGGAAAGCUAACGUCUUUAUUUAGAAUCUUCAAUGAGAAAGACGAAAAGUCGCACACUUUCAGGAACAGUACCGUUCAUAACGUGAGUUCACCUAUGACACACUACACACCGAGCCCAUCAGCUAUGCAAAUCGUACCAUGGCCACAAAGCUCAUCACAAAAUAUGGAGUUUGAGCUAAGAAGAAUGUCUUUUAGCCCGAACGAAGAAGGCUUUAUUACACAAACAAUACAUCAUGAAGACGAAGCAUCUAUUACUGAAUGUAGAGUUGAACAAUAGAUAGAAAUUUAGAAACUUCCAUAGCAAGUAAUAGAUAAUUUAGGUUGAUUGCAUAUUCUUCCAUGAAAGUUAUUAUUCUUUUAUAUGUAACAAAUUAGACGCUCAACUCCCUAAUUUAUUUAUUUUUUUAAUUGACCACUCGUGGGAUUGAUUGAUCAUCAGUGUAAUGUAUGUUCAGUCUCAUAGCAACGCUGAAAACUUCCUAUAGACAUAGUGGCGAGUGAUUGAUUUUAUGGCAGGUUCCUAUAUGUAGCCAAAUAACGAGAAUUUCUUUUUAAAGUAAAGCCUUCGCAUU